CGAGCAUGGUUGCGCGAUCGUGCCCUCUCAUCGCGGUGUUUUGAUGUCUUCAUAAUCGCAUUCGCUAGUCGGCACAGGACUAUGUGCAUGCUUGCAUGAUUCCAUCGCCGAUGUCUCUACGUACGUGUUCCGUGAGUGGCAUUGCCGUCGUCAUCGUUCUAGUUUGCGUUCUUGCCAUCGACAUCGUAACCUUUUGCAUGCUUGAUCGAAUUUCGGCUUGAUGAGUUACCUGUUUCUGCGGUUUCCGCUUAUCCGCUACCCCUUCAGAUCUCCGCGCUCCCGAGAUGUUCGGGUUUUCUCUCGGCGCAGCCGUCGUCGCCGCCGUCAGUGGCCUUCAGGUCACUGACCCGCAGGACUCUAUGCAGUUGAUGGGAUCCCGCGUCGUGUCCGCCCUGGACCCGGAGUUGACCAACACGCUCGGCGAGAAGUUCCAUGUGACUCUGCCUGGGGAGUGGAAUUUGAUUGGGAUUCCCAGGGGGUUCGACCCGUCCGACACGGGAGCUGCGGACUUGGUGGUCAAUGCGACUAUUGAGGAUGUGGGGUUGAAAGAUUGCGACGACCUCCUCAUUCGUAAAGUGUCGGUCUUCGGCCAGAAGUUGGGGAGCAACAUCACUUCUCUGGAAUUUUCGGUCGGCAGCGAUGUCUUCAACGAGACUGCCGCUAUGGGGCUGAUCGUCAACACCCCGUCUGGGUCCACCAAUGCCACCGACGAUCCGGCAGCUUUCGUCCAGCUGGUGCCGCAAUGCCAGAUCACGCGUCCUCGGGGCCCCAUCGCGGAGCCCACCAAGAACAGUUUCCGCAAGCGCACGAAGCUCUUCACCGCGGUUUGCUCCCUGGAGAACGGCGCCAACGUGAUCACCGUGACUUGGUCUACCGUGUGGCGCGGAUUCAACGCAGGAAGCGUGUACUACCAGAACGACCUGGAGGUGUUCGUGUCGGGGGUCGGGGACGAUCCCGCAGGCCUCCUUGGCCCCGACGAUCACACGGAGGCCAGCCGGAUGGUCACUGGGUGUUUCAAGCCGCAGCCCGUAAACGGGCCUUUCCAGACUAGGAAGAAGGCCUGAUUGGACGCUUGAGUUAUAAAUCUAGGAGCACGGCUGGUGAGGCGGCCGCGGGGUGAUUUUUGUUCGUCGGUGGAGGUGGUUGGCCCCCGCCGUCCUGACCGUUGAGUCCGAAAAGGCACAUCGCUUCCGCCACGCGUCAUCGCCGUUGAUCGCUAUCAUGCUCGUCAGGCAGCGGAGUGGUUGGGCAGCACAAUGGCGUGCUGGAGGCUGCCUACCAUGCGCUGC